UGUUUUUCUUAGGAACCUUCUUUGCAUGCAGCUGUAAUGCUUGAACAGGCAUCAUACUGCUACUUGUUUUCUAGACCACCUAUGCUACGCAAGUAUGGAUUUCAUCUUGUUUUGUCUGGUAACCGGUACUAUGUAUCAGAUCAGAAACCACAUGCAAUUCGCAUGUAUAGAAAUGCACUCUCUGUGUACGAGGGACAUGCUUGGAAAUAUAUCUGUGAUCAUGUUCAUUUCAAUGUUGGAAGGUGGUAUGCUUUUCUUGGAAUUUCUGAUAUUGCUAUCAAGCACAUGUUGGAAGUUCUGGCAUGCAGCCAUCAGUCUUUGGCGACACAAGAUUUAUUCCUUGGGGAAUUUUUUCAAACUGUUGAGCAUACGGGGAAAACCUUUGAAGUUAACAAGCUCCAAUUGCCCGUGAUUGACAUGUCCUCUUACAAAGUUAUUUAUGAAGAUCACCGGACUUAUGCGUCAUCUGGAGAUGCUAAUGUGAAAGAAAGCUUGUGGCAGUCUUUAGAGGAGGACAUGGUUCCAUCUGCAUAUACUGUCAGAUCUAAUUGGCUAGAAUCACAGCCAAAAUUUUCCCCUUCGAAGAUGUAUAAUGAGUCUCAUGUUAGCGUGGUAGGAGGCAAGACAAUUAUUAGUCUAACAGUUUUAAUUCUAACAACAGGGAAAAUACCUCUUGGUAAUCAUAAGCAGGCAUUUGCUCAUAGGCUUUCGCCACAAUCUUGCUUUAUGCCGUUCAAUCUCGCCGUUCGCCAUAAUCUUUAA